UUUUUUCUGCUGUAAGAAAAAACCUAACCAUGUCUGAAGUCGCUAAACCCAAAGAUAACAACCGUUUCAGAAAAGACAAACCCUGGGAUACCGAUGAUAUUGAUCAUUGGAAGAUUGAAGAAUUCAAACCUGAGCACCUCGAACAACCAUUCACUGAGGAAUCUUCAUUUGCCACACUUUUCCCUAAAUACAGAGAAGCCUAUUUGAAAGAAACUUGGCCUCUCAUUACCAAGUCUCUUGAGAAAUACGGUAUUGCAUGUGUUUUGGAUUUAGUCGAAGGUAGCAUGACCGUAAAAACCACCAGAAAGUCAUACGACCCUUAUUCUAUUUUAAAGGCAAGAGAUCUCAUCAAGUUGAUGGCAAGAAGUGUUCCUUUUCCUCAAGCUGUGAAAGUGAUGGAGGAUGGUAUUGCUUGUGAUAUUAUCAAGAUUGGUAACAUUACUCGUAACAAGGAGCGUUUCGUUAAGCGUAGACAAAGAUUGAUCGGUCCUAAUGGUUCCACUUUAAAGGCUAUUGAGUUAUUGACAAAAUGUUACAUGAUGGUUCAAGGUAACACUGUAUCUGCCAUGGGACCUUAUAAGGGUCUCAAGGAUCUUCGUCGUAUCGUCCUUGACUGUAUGAAGAAUGUCCAUCCUAUUUAUCACAUCAAGGAACUCAUGAUUAAACGUGAGCUUGCAAAGGAUCCAAAGUUAGCAACAGAAUCAUGGGAUAGAUUUUUACCUCAAUUCAAGAAGAGAAAUGUAAAGUCAAAGAAGAAGGUGAUCGAAGCCAAGAAGGAAUACACACCUUUCCCUCCUGUACAAACAAAGUCCAAGAUCGAUUUACAAUUGGAGAGUGGCGAGUAUUUCUUGAACAAACAAAAGGAUUCCAAGAAGAAGCAUUAAAUAGUACAUAUAUCAAAAUAAUUAAAAAUAAAGGGCGCAUUUUACAUUCACAGCUGCCAAACAUCGGUGGAACUUAUAUCAUAUCAGGGUUCGGUAACAACUAUAUCCGCUUUUUCCAGUCCUUGCAAUUAGCCUCACCCAUUACACAACUUGAGUAUUAUUUUAAACUACACAAGGGAUCCAGAAAGCACCUAUUAUCCUAUCCUAUAAAAAAGCGUUCGUGACACAUGUCAGGACGGUUCGUAUUGAGGUCCAAAUCUAUUAUUAAAGUAGAGUACCC